AUGCUCAUGGACAUAUUCUUCACCGCAACCCUCCAAGCCCACCUCCCCUCACGACGCACCCACUUCCACGAAUUCAUGCGCAGCGUGCACGCCCAACAGCACGAACUACGUGCUAGACGAGAAUACCAGGGCUCGCUCGUCACGAUCGGUGCACGGAUAGCUGAGCAGACACCCAUUCUAGCACUUGAUGAGUUCCAGGUUACGGAUAUAGCGGAUGCUAUGAUAUUGCAGGGGUUGUUUAACUCGAUAUUCAAGGCUGGGGGUACACUCGUUACGACUAGCAAUAGGAGGCCGGAGGGUCUGUAUGAGAAUGGGCUGAAUAGGGGGCUGUUUGUGCCGUUUAUUAAGACGCUGCAGGAGCGAUGUGAGGUGCACGACAUGUCAUCAGGCCCCGACUACCGCCUCCUAAAACGCGCCGCCUCCACCUCCUCCCAAAACUGGUUCCACCCAACAUCACCUUCCACACUCACCUCCUUCGAAUCCACCUACACAUCCGCACGUGGUCCCUACACACCCAUUCCAACCACCCUCCCCGUGCCUCCCGGCCGCACCAUCGAAAUCCCACUCGCAACACCAACAACAGCACGCUUCACAUUCGCCCAGCUCUUCCAAACCCCAUAUGGCGCAUCCGACUAUACAUCAAUCUGCCAAAAGUAUGGUAAAGGUGGAAUAUUCAUUGACGGCUUCCCGCUCCUGAGCGUCGGCGACACGUCCGUCAUCUCGGCCAUGGAUGUCGUGAGACGGGUGAUCACGUUUGUGGAUGUUGCGUAUGAGGAUGGGACACGGGUUGUCGUAUCGGCGUCGGGGAGUAUAGAAGAGACGUUUGGAAACGUCGCGCUGCCGAGCAAUACUGUUAAAGGCACGACUGAUGAUAGUAUCGAGAUAUCGGUUAGGAGGGGCGGUGGAGCAUCGUCGUCGGCGGCGAAUACGUUUGUGGAUAAUAUGGAAUGGAGUGCGACGGGGCUGGUGGGCAGGAGUCUAGCAACGAGUCUGGCGAGGAGUGAGGAGGAGUCGGCGCCUGUGAGGGAGGUCAAGUUUGCGGCAAAGAGGGCGAUAUCGAGGCUGCAUGAGAUGCAGAGUGAUGAGUAUCGGGAGCGUAGGCAAUCUAAAUAG